AUGGCUACAAGUGUUAACAGCUUUAAUGGUAUUGGCCGCCAGUUGCUGGCAGCCAACAUAUGGUAUCUUGGAUGACGAUGAAUAUAAUUCCGUCUACAAUGAACAGAUGCGGGAGCAGUUAAAUCACGAAGUUGGGAAAUUUCCAUUUCUGAUGCCAAAUGUGCGGCCAAAAACGCCUGAACUAUAUCUUUGUACACCGAUAAAAGUGGACUAUACAAAAAGCUACUAUAUAGUUGGUUAUGAACCCAAUGCUACGAUGAAUACGGCGCAUCACAUGCUGGUCUAUGGAUGCGGUGAACCUGGAUCAAGUAAAACUGUGUGGAAUUGCGGUGAAAUGGCUAAAAAGUCUUCCGAAGAAACAGCUAGUCCUUGUGGGGUCCAAUCACAUUCCCAGAUUUUAUAUGCCUGGGCCAGAGAUGCCCCCAAACUGGAGUUACCUGAGGGUGUGGGUUUUAAGGUGGGAUAUGACUCACCCAUUAAAUAUAUUGUUCUGCAGGUCCAUUAUGCCAGUAUAGCCAAGUUUAGGGAUGGCAGCACCGAUGAUUCUGGAGUGUUUAUACGCUACACCGAGAAACCCAUGAACAAAUUGGCUGGUGUCCUGCUUAUGGGUACCGCUGGUGUCAUCCCACCCAUGUCUAUUGAACAUAUGGAAACCGCGUGCGAAAUCAAUGAAAAUAAAACCAUACAUCCGAUUGCCUAUCGGACACAUACACAUAGUUUGGGCAAGGUCGUAUCAGGUUACCGGGUCCGCACCGAUGAUCAUGGCAUGAAUCAUUGGACUUUGCUGGGCAAAAGGGAUCCUUUGACACCUCAAAUGUUUUAUCCCGUCAUGAAUAAUGAACCCAUAGUUAAGGGUGAUUUUAUUGCGGCGAGAUGUACCAUGGAGAGUCAUAGGAAACGGGUAACGGAAAUUGGCGCCACCAACAACGAUGAAAUGUGCAACUUCUAUCUGAUGUACUAUGUGGAGAAUGAUGAACCGCUGAACAUGAAAUACUGCUUUAGUCAGGGACCUCCCAACUAUUAUUGGCGUAAUCCCGAUGUGGGUCUCAACAAUAUACCGCACAAGGAGGCGAGCACAUUGUAA